AUGUCAACUCAUGAAAAGAGUUCUAGAUGACAGCAAGCUUUCUUACUUACUUACUUAAUUAUCUGGUGUUUAAGGUGUCUAGUGCCGCAGCCCAAAAGGGCCUAUGGCAAAACUGAUGACGUAGGCGAGCCAUCUUGGCACGGGUCAGCCCCGUCCAAGCCUUCUAUCAACUCCUGCUUCACCGGCCUUGCGACAGCAAGCUUUCAGAGUUAAAAAAAGCACAAUGGCUCCUACCAACUACCAUCUCCCUUUAUCGUUCCAUAUAAAUACAAAUAAAUUUAUAGCUCAGAAGAUCAUCAAAGAGAUUCCUAAUUGCACUACAAUUGAAUUUUUGGCCAAAAGCUUCAUAAAUCAAGCCAACUUUAUCAAAAACUAUCAAUUAAUUAUUUUUCUCAGAAUAUUUCUAACUCCUGAGCUUAAAGAGAUAUUAUUCAAAAUUAUUUUAUUUUCAAGAGAAUCAAGUGCACUGCAAGUGGCAGCCUCAAAUGCUAUAACAUUUCUUAAUAAAUGUGGAUAUUCAUUUGCUAAUAAAAAUUUAGAAGAAAUCCAAGUUCCAUAUUCAGAUCUGUCUUGAGGAAACUGAAUAAAUGUCAAUUUCAGAAAUAGUAAUCUUACUGGGGUCAAUUUUUCUAAUUCAAAUAUUCACAACUCAGAUUUUUCACAAUGCCAAAUGAAAAAUAUUAAUUUUGGGACCUUUGUACCUAUAGAAACUUAUGGAUUUUCAAUUAUUACCUCAUUUACUCCAAGUGGAAAUUACCUUGCUUAUGUCAGUGACAAGAGUAAAAUAAAUUUUUACAAAUUAAAAUCUCAGAAAAUACAAAAAACAUUGAAUUUUGAAAAAUACGUUAUCACUUCAAUAGCAUUUUUUCCCAACGAAUGUUCUUUAGCAAUUGGCUUAGAAAAUGGGAAAAUACUUAUUUAUGAUUGAAAUUCAAAUUUAUUAAUAAAAAAACUAAAAAACAAAAACUAUAAAAGAGUCUCUGCUAUGAUAAUAUCUCCAUGCAAAAAGUAUUUGAUUUCUGUAAUUAAUGAUAAAACAAUCAAUUUCUGGAAUCUUUAUAAUUACAAGGAGGUAAAAGAAAAUUUCACAAAAGUUGACUAUUUUCAAUUUAUUUUAUUUCAAUUUCAAAUUUAUUUUUUAAUUUACAAAAAGAGAGACAAAAGCCUUCAUAUCUAUAGUUUGUCAAUAGAAAAACAGGAAUUGGUCAAAAAAAUUAUAGCUACAGAAGAAAAUGUGAAUUCACCCACAAUUACUCCAGAUGGGACGCAUCUUUCUAUAGGCUAUGGAGGCAUAAACAAAAUAUCAAGAUGGAAAUUAUCAAAUAUGGAAAAAUAUACCCACUUUUUUGAAAGCUUUUAUUUUCUUGACAAAAUUGAAUGAUCACCAUGCGGAUGCUGCCAAACUAAUUCUAGAGGAAGCCAAAGUAUUGCAUUCUGAGAUGUAAAGAAUCAGAGAGUCAAGUGAAAGAUGUCUACUAAUUCUUAUAUGAUCACUGCCUAUCACAUGUCUCCUUGUGGAAGAUAUAUAGCAGCAAUAACUCUUCUCUCACUCCCCCUUGUAAAUUGAAAUAAAAUUCUGCUCAAAUUAAAAGGGGUUAAAAAAUUAUUUUAAAUUUUCUCUCUAUAAAAAAUAUAAAUUGAAUACAAUUAAUUGAUAGAAAUUAGUAUUUUACCUAUAAAUUUUUCUAUUGAAAACAAAAAUUGUUCGAAUUUAAAUAUGACAAUUUUACCUGUAUUUUGUUCUAAUUUAAAGGGGGAAUCAGAUAUCGCAAGUAUCAAGAUAAGAAAUAUUGAAGAAGAGUCCAAAUAUCCCUUUUUUAAGUUUAUAUGAGAGCCUGUGUCUUCUCUUUCACUAUCACCUUGUGGGAGGUUCUUAGCAGGUAUAUGGAACAGUGAUGGAGCUAAAAUAUGAGAUUUAGUAAAAGGGCAAGAAAUUAACUUUUUUAAUAGAAGUCAAGGAGAAUUCACACAAGCAGUUUUCGCGCCUUGUGAAGACACAAUUGCUUUUAUAAGAUCAAAAGAAAUCCUAUUUAUGUCUUCUAAAACAUUUAAACUUCAAAAAAAACUUUCAUCAAAUGACAGCAAUGAUUUAAGUUUUAUUGCAUUUUCUAAUUGUGGAACUAUGUUUGCAUUAGGAAAAGUAAAUGGUAUUAUUCAAAUUUGGAAUUAUAAUGAAAUGCAAAUGAUUAAAAAUUUAAAGGAGCAUGCCAAUUCAAUUUAUUCUAUCUCUUUCUCUCCAUGUGGAAGCAAAUUGAUAUUAACAAGCUGUAUACAUUAAAAUGAAGUAGCGAAUUGACCUAAAAUCUUAACUCCUGUCGCAGAUGACUUCAAGAGCCAAGGAACCUUGAAGAAGAGAGUGAGGUUCUCCAAUAUGUGUAUCAAGAUAGGCUUUACAAUAAAAGGAAGAGCAACAAUAAGGCAGAUUUUUCAUCAUGAAGAAAUGGGACACAAAGUUUGAAAGGGCCCCCAAGCAGUUCCUGAUGUAGCUUUUUAGCCAAUCGGGACAUUUUCCUACCACGGCACCUGCAGUUGUGUUUGGGAUUUGAGUUUCUAUUUAGUUGGCAGUGUUGGAGCAGUUUGGAAGGGAAUAGAUUCUCAUAUAAGUUUAAAUAAUGAUAAGGAUAUCAGCAAGCAUGGAAAUAUUCGUUUUGUGAGAUCUAACAAGUUUCACUGGAAUACUAAAAAUGGAUAACAAAAAUUCUUCUUGCCCAAUUAUAUUUUCUCCUUGUGCAAGAUUUUUUGCUGGAGGAGGAGAAAAUUUUUCAAUUUUAUUAUGGAAAAAUCCAAAUAAUGAAAUUAUAAAAAUUGAUGGACAUGAAAAAACUGUUUUUUCUUUGAGUUUUUCAACAUGCGGAAACUACUUGCUUUCCCUUUUAAGAGUGAGCAAAGCCAUUUGGAAAAUUAUCACCCCUAAUGAGCUCAAAAAAAUUUUUUUAAUUAUUUUUUUAAAAAUUAUUAUUGAAUAUAAUAAUAAUUUGCUUUAAUGGAAUUUCGAGCUAAUUCUGUUAAAAUUUUGCAUAGUUCGCAUUCUUAAAUUAAAAUUAAAUUCUUUUAAAAAUAAAAAAAUAAAAUUUAAAAUAUACUAUAAAUAAGAUUGGGUAGAAAAAUCUUGCUCAUUCUUAAAGGAAGACAGGGAUUUAGCUUCUGGGAGUGCUGAUAAAACAAUUAAAUUGUGGAAAAUAAAAGAGGAAGUUUAUCUUGUCAAAGAAUUUAAAGGUCAUCUUAGCAAUGUUAUGGCUGUUAUUAUUUCUUAUGAUGGAAAAUGAAUUAUUUCUGGAGGAUCUGACAGGACAAUAAAGAUAUGGAAUAUUGAAAAAGAGAUUUGAGGGGAAAAAGAAUUUCCAAAUAAUGGAGACCAUGAAAAUUGUGAAUUGAAAAAUGCAUUAGAAUGAUCUUCAUUAAAUGGAGAUUUAACUAUUUAUGAAUCUAAUUUUACACAUGCAACACUUAGCGAAAAAAAUUUAAAUAUUAUUAGAUCGCUGUCGAAGACUGGUGAAUCAAAUCUCAGCACAGAACCCAAGAAUAAAAAUUUCAAUGACUUUAAGUGGAGCUUAUAA